AUGGCUGCAUCCCUGGCUAUGGCUGCAUCUCUGGUUGCUGUGGCUGCUGCUGCAUCCCUGGAUGUGGCAGCUGCAUCCCUGGCUGCUGUGGCUGCUGCAUCCCUGGAUGUGGCUGCUGCAUCCCUGGCUGCUGUGGCUGCUGCUGCAUCCCUGGAUGUGGCAGCUGCAUCCCUGGAUGUGGCAGCUGCAUCCCUGGCUGCUGUGGCUGCUGCAUCCCUGGAUGUGGCAGCUGCCUCCCUGGCUGCUGUGGCUGCUGCUGCAUCCCUGGAUGUGGCAGCUGCAUCCCUGGAUGUGGCAGCUGCAUCCCUGGCUGCUCUGGCUGCUGCUGCAUCCCUGGAUGUGGCUGAAUCCUUGACUGCUGUGGCUGCUGCAGCUGCAUCCCUGGCUGCUGCAUCCCUGGCCGUGGCUGCCCGUGGCCCUUCCCGUGGAGCAACAGUGCCAGCUGCUGGCUGCCGAGCCCGGCCUGCCAGGGCUGCCGGCUGA